AUGGCUACUGAAGAUACAAGUUCAUCUACUUCAGCCUUCGUUACAUCACUAAUAAUCUAUGGGAUAAUCGCACUAAUAUUCAUCUGGUUAUUCCUCACCUUGAGACCAAGAAAUAGAAGAACCUACGAACCGAGAACUUUAACAGAUAUACAAACAAUAAAAGAAGAAGAAAGAACGGAUGAGGUACCUUCAGGUUAUUUCCAAUGGGUUCCAUUCUUAUUAGGGAAACCACAUUCAUUUUUAAUUCAACAUACUUCAUUAGAUGGUUAUUUAUUCUUACGUUAUAUUGGAAUAUUCGCAACAACUUCUUUAUUACUAUGUUUUAUUUUAUUCCCAAUAUUAUUACCAGUCAAUGCUACCAAUGGUAACAAUUUAAAAGGUUUUGAAUUAUUAUCCUUUGCAAACGUUACCAAUAAAAACAGAUUUUUCGCUCAUGUCUUCUUAUCAUGGAUUGUUUUCGGUUUAAUCACUUAUAUCAUCUAUAAAGAACUUUAUUACUACAUCAUAUUAAGACAAGCAGUUCAAACUUCUCCAUUGUAUGAUGGGCUACUUUCUUCAAGAACAGUCAUGAUCACCGAAUUAGAUCCUUCCAUUGCUCAAGAAGGUGAAUUGGAGAAGAGAUUUUCAAAAGCGGUUAAUAUAAAUUUCGCCCAUGAUUUGUCUCAUUUGGAAAAACACAUCAAUGAAAGAAGGAAAGUUUCCAUGAAAUUGGAAUCUUCUUUAAAUAAAGUCAUUGAUAAAGCAGUAAAACGAUACUACAAAUAUAACGAAAAAAAGCCAGAAAAAUUAUUUGGUCCAGAUAAUAAUAAACCGCAGGCAAAUUUAGAAACAUAUGUUCCUUAUUAUAGCAGACCUUCUCACCGGAUAAAUACAAGAUUCCCAUUCUUCCCUUUUGGUGAAAAAGUUGAUACAAUCCAUCAUUGUACUGAGGAAUUGGCUCAAUUGAAUGAUAAAGUUCAUACGCAACAGAGAAAAUGGGAUAAAAAUGAAAAAUUACCAGCAGCUUUCAUUCAAUUCGAUACUCAGUUAGAAGCUCAAGAAUGUUUCCAAUCCAUUGAAGGUUUGCUAGGUCCCAAAUCAUUUGGAAGAAAAUUAAUUAAUUCUGUUCCAGAAGAUAUUAAUUGGUCAAAUAUGAAGUUAUCAUCUGCUGAAAGAAAAUCUAAAAGAAUUUUAGCGAAUUCUUUAAUGGUUGCAUUAAUCAUAUUCUGGGCUAUCCCAGUCGCAGUGGUAGGUUGUAUUUCAAAUAUAAAUUUCUUAACUGAAAAAGUACCAUUCUUAAAAUUCAUCAACAAUUUACCUAAUUUUUUGAUGGGAUUAAUCACUGGUAUUUUACCAACUUUAAUGUUAGCAGUCUUAAUGUCUUUAUUACCACCAUUCAUCAAAAUGGCAGGUACUUUAAGUGGCUGUUUGACCAAACUGGAGACUGAUCAAUAUUGCCAAAAAUGGUAUUAUGCAUUCCAAGUUAUUCAAGUAUUUAUUGUGACUACAUUGGCUUCUUCCGCUUCUGCAACUGUAGAGGCAAUCAUAAGAGAUCCGAGUUCAGCAAUGACUUUAUUAGCAAAUAAUUUACCAAAGGCAUCCAAUUUCUACAUUGCAUAUUUCCUAUUACAAGGACUAACAGUGCCAUCAGGAUCGUUACUACAGGCUCUUAACUUAGUAUUACAAAAUACAAUGGGAAGGAUUUUAGAUUCUACUCCAAGACAAAAAUGGAAACGUUAUAACACAUUAUCUAAACCUGAUAUGGGGGUAAUUUAUCCAACGAUGGAAAUACUAGUCUGUAUCUAUAUCUCAUAUUCAAUUAUCGCCCCAUUACUUCUAGUCUUCAGUACCAUCGCUUUAUUCCUAAUGUACAUUGCAUACUUGUACAACUUGAAUUUUGUUCUUGGAUUCUCACCAGAUUUUAGAGGUAGAAACUAUCCUCGUGCCCUCUUCCAAGUCUUUGUGGGUAUUUACUUAUCAGAAGUUUGUCUUGUUGGUUUAUUCAUAAUGGCAAAGACAUGGGGACCUUUGGUUUUAGAAUGCUUCUGGAUAGUCGUUACUGCUUUGGCUCAUAUUUAUAUGAAAAGAAAAUUCCUACCAUUAAUUGACGCAGUUCCAUUAAGUGUUAUCCAUUACGCCAGAGGUGAACCAAAUUAUCACUACCCAAGCGAAGAUUUAGGAUUGAAAGAAGUUCAAGAUAUUGGAAAAGUUGCAAAGGAAAAAGUUGAUGCUGGAGAAUUUACUGGUGUCAUUAGACCUGCUACACAUGCUGAUUUAAAGAGAGCUAAUUUAUUACGCGAUGAUGAUCAAGAGGAGAGCUCCUCUACAAAAUCUAGUACCUCCUCGGAUCCAAAUGCAACAAUGAAAAAUUAUAAUCCAUCUGAGUAUACAAGUGGUAGUUCAUCUAAAAAAAUGAGUGUUGGCGGUAAUGACACAUUGAAAUUACAAAAUACCUCUACGUUCGUUGAAGAUGAGGAAGGUAAAUUCAGAAAGUACCAUUAUGAUGAUGUAAAAGGUUUGAAGGAUUUGAAUAGGGGGAAUAAUGAUCGCUCAGCUCCGGAUGGAGUGCUGGCCGUUGCAGAUUACGGUAACAUGUAUGGGGAUGUUGGUGCAGUGAAAAAUGCUCCUGAAGCAUUCCCUCCAAAUAUAACGGAAGAUGUUUCCUUCUUUGGUAGAAUUAGAAAUUUCUUUAAUCCAAAGAAUAGUUACCCAUUUGAAAAAGUUAGAACUAGAUUACCUCACGUUUACAACACUACAGUGGAGUAUGAUCAAGAAUAUUUGACCUCAGCGUAUACAGAUCCGAUUGUCAAUGAAAAAGAUCCAAUUAUUUGGAUAUGCAAGGACCCAAUGGGUGUUUCUAAACAACAAAUUGAAGAAGCCGAAGAUAGCGGUGCUAAAAUAAGCCAUGAUUUCGCAGAAUAUAAUGAGAAAGGUAAAUCAACAUUUACUUUUAACCCACCAGAUUAUGAACCUCCUGUGAAAAAGUAG